AUGGCCAGCUCCAAAGUCAUAGGGUUUGUGCUCAUUGGCCUGCUGUUUUUGGACUUGGCUUUUGCUGUUAGGUCAUCGCCAAAAUUACGGUCAUCCGACGGCGAAGAGUCAUCCAACGAUGGCGAUAUGUCCACCGACGGCGACAAGCCAUCCAGUGGUGAGUCCUGUGAGGAUCGGUUGAACUGUGAAUGUGGUGGAAAUGAUAAAGAUGAUUGUGGAAAUAGCGAAGGAAGCAUGGAAGGAGGAGGAGGAGGAGGAGGCGGAGGCGGAGGAGGAGGAAACGGGAUGAAGGGUAAUAGUGGAGCCGGCUAUGGUGGUGGCAGCGGAUCCGGGGUUGGGCGAGAAGGAGGAGGGGGAGGUGGCGGAGGUGGAGGCGGUGGAGGGGGUAGCAUGAGCGGAUCCAAAGGCUCCGGCAGUGGGUUUGGAGAUGGUAACGAUACCUGUGGUGACUCCUCCGCCUGUGGUGCUGUCGGAAAAGGUAACGACGACGACCCACCAUCACGCGACUAA